GACACUUUAAAUGGCGCAGCUGUGCUAACGAUUGAAAAUGAAGCAGUCUACACAAUCGUCAGCCCGAAUGCACAGGUAAUGGACCUGAAGACUGAUGUUUCACAGCGGAAGCGAACUCUUCCAACCGUGAUAGGAACGUCCGUUGUUCCCAGAGAAAAUGUUGUGGAUUGUGCUUCCUGCCAGAAGCCCAUCCGGGAACGUUACUUGCUAAAGGCCCUUGACCAGUUUUGGCAUGAAGACUGUUUGAAAUGUGCCUGCUGCGACUGCCGUCUGGGAGAAGUUGGGUCCACACUCUUUACCAAGGCCAAUCUCAUCCUGUGUAAGAGAGAUUAUCUCAGAUUAUUUGGUACCACGGGAUUAUGCUCAGCGUGCAAUAAGACGAUCCCGGCGUUCGAAAUGGUGAUGAGAGCCAGAGGCAAUGUAUACCACCUAGAGUGCUUCGCAUGCCAACAGUGCAAUCAUAGGUUUUGCGUGGGUGAUCGGUUCUACCUUUUCGACAACAAGGUGCUAUGCGAGUACGACUACGAAGAGCGGGUUCUCUUCGCCUCGUUGCCCAGCUAUUCCACCUAUAAUAGUCUUGACCAGAUCCAGAGACAAACAGACAGUCUCACUCCUUUGUCGCCGACUGUGGACGACGCUUCCAGUGGCUAUGGAAGCCCGAGUUCUCUCAGAAGUCCAAGUUCUCUCAUCAGUGAUGGGCACUAGCCUGUGAACUGUUUGAUCCACUGUUGGACUUUCUUCAGAAAUGUUUUACGCGCUUAAAAGAGGCAUUAUUUUAUAAAACAAAAAAGAGGUGAAUCUCAGAUGAACAUUAUUUUGACCAUUUGCCACUUGUAAGCCUCGCUUGUAAUUCGAAGUGGCUAACGUAUCGAGAAUUACUACAUUGACAAGCAAAUAUCACGGGGAAAUAAUAAGGUACAACUCUGGUGGUGAUUCACUGGGAAGAAUCUAGAAUUUAUCUUCUACCACAAGGAAUGAGCAUUUUAAAAUAUUGUAAUUCUUAUUUGUUUUAAUCUUAUUGUUUUACAGCUUCUUAUCUUCAAUAAUCAUUCUUUACAUAGUAAAAGAAACCAGCAUUAUACAUAUGCGUUACCGUUGAAACGAUUUUCUGAAAAUACAAAUAAAAUUCUCUGCUUAAAAUUUAUUAAAACAUAGGCAUAUUAAUUGACCUAUGGCUUACAAAUGCAAAUUCGCUAAACAAUUGGUCAUAAAUGAGGAGGAAAAGUAAAAUUCAGUUUAGACAAAAUAAUUCUGUAAUUAUAAACAUACCGUAUAAGUCGAGAUAUUUUGGACACAAAAAAAAAGACUUCAAAGUGGGGGGUGG